AUGGGCCCAGCCCCGUUGCUGCUGCUGCCCCUGCUGGCGUCCUUGCUGGACUCUGCCUCAGAAGACUGUGGCAAUGGAAACUUUAAGAUGGACCAGCCAGAGCAUCUGACAGCCCCCAAGGGUGGCGCUGUCCGCAUCCCCUGCUCCUUCCACCACAGCUGGGAGUUAGCUGAGAUUCUUGAGGUGAAUAUAGACUGGAGGCGGAAGCACUUCCAUGGAGAUUUCAUCUACGACACGACUCUGAAUUGGACCCAUGAGGAGUUCAAGGACCGUGUCCGCCUGGACUGGACACAGGGCCAGACCCGAUGCGCCCUCCUCAUCUGGAACCUGCGGAGGGGGGACGCGACCAUGUCCUUCUGCCAAGUGACGUUGCAAACAAAGAGUUGCGGGCCAAGGAGGUUUCAGUUGUUCCAGGGGACCAACCUCAGCAUCACUCCAGCCCAACCUGACACUGGCCUGGAUAUGACCAACGGCACACAGAGCUCUCCCUUGACACUGGACACCAUGGUCGCAAUCAUGGUGACCGUCACACUAUUGAAAAUGACAAUUUUGGGGCUGAUCUCCUACCUCGUGUGGAAGAGAAGUCAAGGAUCCUGA